AUGUCUGCUUCCGCUGGUAAUAAACCAGAAGAACAAAACGUACCAUCUGUUAAUUUAUCUGACGAUGAGUGGAAGAAAAAAUUAACUGAUGAAGAAUAUCGUAUAUUACGUAGAAAAGAUACUGAAUAUCCAGGUACAGGUAAAUAUGAUAAGCAUUUCGAACCUGGAACUUAUGAAUGUGCUGGUUGUGGACAAAAGCUUUAUGAUUCAUCGUCAAAAUUCGAUUCUCACUGUGGUUGGCCAGCAUUUAGUUCAUCACUAGCCGGAUCAGUUAAACGUCACAAAGAUGAAGAUGGUUAUCGUAUUGAAAUAUUAUGUCAUGCUUGCGAUGGCCAUUUAGGUCAUGUUUUCACAGGCGAAGGUAUACGCGAUGCUAAUGGCAAAAUAAUCGAAGAACGUCAUUGUGUUAAUUCUGCUUCAUUAAAAUUUUCAAAGAAAAAUUAA